AUGUUUAAUAAUAUAAUUGGGAUUGAUCUUCCUGAUGAAAUUAUAGAUAAAAAUGAUCUUCAUUUUAAAUUAUUGAAUGAAUUUUCAAAGAAAAUCUUAAAAUCACAAUAUAAUUUAUUAAAUAAUAAAGUAUUAUGUGAUGAGAUUCAAUAUUGUAUUAGUUGUCAAAUAAGAAGUGUUAAUCCUAAAGUAGCAUGGUAUUGUUAUCAUUUGAUGAAAGAAAGAAAAAAUAUGUCAUUAAAAUAUCUUAUUAAUUAUGAUGACCUUCCAUCAUUUGUUUUUAAAUCAAAACAAACUAUAAUAAAUUGGACUGAUAAAUCUAUUUCUAAUAUUGAAUUACCAAAGAGUUAUAGUUUGAUAGGAAAUGUAGUUGUAAAUAAAAUGAAACAUAAUACAAAUGUACAUCAAAUGAAUAAAGUUGAAUUUAGGAAAAGAAAAUCAAAAGAAGUAUUUUUUAAUGAAAUUGCACCAUUUCAAAUGAAGAAGUAUGUAAUUAGUGAAAGAAGUAAAAAUGAUGAAGAUAAAAUAAUUAAUGAUGAUAAUGAAAUUAUUGAAGAAGAUAAUGUUGAAGAAAGAAUGUCAUCAAUUCAUUCACAUAAUUCUAUCAUUAAAAUAUCUCAAAAUGAAACAUAUAUUAAUGAAAUACAUGAAUAUGAUAGUAUAUUAACAGAAGAUGAAUUUGAAAAGAUAAUGAAAACAUUUAAUGUUCCACAAAAAUGUAUGUUAUGUGGAAUAUCAAAGAAUAAUAAUAUAUAUCAAUUACAAUAUAAUAUUAAAGAAAUAGAAACAAUUAUAUUCCCAUUUUCAUCAAAAAAUAAAUAUUGA